GGCUACAAUGUAUGCCGAGGAAUCUUGUCAAACAAAGAUAUGCUCAAAAUUUUGGGGAGCUUCAUCAGUCCCAUGGGCGAGGUGUUACCCCAUCCAAUAACAUCCGAGUGCGAGAUAUCUGUCUUUAGACAAACACACCAACCCAUGCCAGCCUGCCUUCAGCCAACACAGCUUCAGAUGAACCUACCACAUCCUACCUGGAUCGAUGCACUCCCAUUCCCAAAGAUCAGAGAUAAUCUCCUACGUCGGCAAAACUUGUUUCAUCACGGGCAAUUUCUGUCGGAUCUCGUCGGAUAUCUGACCUAUGCGCCGAUAACUGUCUCACAAGGAGUACCCGUUGUCAAUGAAACAGACGACAUUAAGAAUGGUCUCAUACUUUGGGGGGAGCCAUCCUCUCAAGAGAACUGGGAGGUUACCCCCGAAUUUUUGAUCAAAUGGGCAUGGGCUGUCGUGGGGUGUGAAGAGCUUGUCCAAUCUUCCAACAGAUGGAGGACAGUUCGGGGGGAAGACCCUCUUGACGUGUCUCUUGUGGGUUGCCAUUGA